AUGAAAAGGUCGAAAGCAAUAACUUUAAGAAUUAAAAAUACACAAGGUCAAACUAUAGUUGGAGUACUUGAAAGAAAAUUUGAUGAAAUUAAUCGAAACAAACUUGGAAUUAUUUGUCAUGGAAUUUUAGAUUUUCGUGGAAAUGGAGAAAGUGAUGGAGUACCCAAAUUUUCAAAUAUUGAAGAAGACGCAGAAGAUAUAAUUACAGUUUACAAAUACUUGGAAAAAGUAUAUGGUUAUUCAUUAUAUACAUUAAUAGGACAUUCAAGGGGAGCACUAGCAGCGUUAUAUUAUGCAUCAACCAUAAAUUUAAAUAUUCCAUAUUUGGUGCUAAUAUCAGGACGUUUUAGGAUGCAAAGUUUAAUCCAACGAUUUAAUAAUGAACAGUUGAGAGAUUUGGAGAAAAAAGGAUGGACUAACUGGACUUCAAUAAAAAAUGGUAAAGGUUUUGCAAUGAAAAUUACCAAAAAAGAAUUUGAUCAUUGGAUGAAUUGGGAUACUACUACUCUUGGCAAAAUUCCUAACUCAACAUCUGUACUAGUGAUUCAUGGAACAGCCGAUGAAGUAGUACCAGUUGAAGAUUCAGCAAUCUACAAUAAUAUAAUUCACAAUAGUACACUAAGGCUGAUAUCAGGGGCUACACAUAAUUUUACAAGGCAUAAAAAAGAAAUAGUUAAUAUUAUCAAUAAAUAUUUUUCACAAGAAUAUCAAUCUUUCAACUUUUUGUAUAAAAAUCAAUGGAUCAGUCAUAUACCUAGAUACAUUCAAAUUGAUGGUGUUAGCAAUUUUAGAGAUUUAGAAAGAUAUGUUUUUAGAUGUGGAGAAAAAAACAAUAACAAAUGA